CAAAACAAAAUAUUAGAUCGUCAUCUGUCUCUACUAUAUAUACAGAAAGAAAGAGAGAGUGUGCAUCAUACACAAUUCAGUCCAAGUGUGAGGAAAAUGGGUUCUCUAAUGGCAGGUUGGGAUUCUCCUGUAGUUGAUUCCAAGUCAGUGAGAUACAAAAGGAAUCAAUCAUGUACCAAAGAAGAGAUCAAAGCUUUCUGGUUGUCCAAGAAAAAGGCGGAGAAAGAACAUCUCAAGGCCGUCUCUCUGCAGACGGAGCAUGAAGGUUUGAAUUUGCAGAGAUCAAACUCGGUACCAGUAAAGAAGAGUAUAGAAGGUUAUAAAGACUCAGAUGGAGAAGCAAACUUGCAGAAAAGGAAUGCAUGGUGGAGGAGCAGCAAGUGGGCAUUUCUAAAUCAACCGCCUGUGAUAAAAGGAUUCUGAUGGAUCACCGCAAAUUUCAGUCAUUUAAUUUCUUUCUGUAAAUUAAUGUAAAUAUCUGGAGUGCAGUUGGCGUGCGGCUUUCUCUGUACGGAUUAUGUAUAUAAGACAAACUAUAAUUGUAUAAAAAUACAUGACAAAUGCUUUCUAAAUUUUACUUAUUUGAAAUAAGUAUAGUUUUUUAGUUUUUUAGUUUUUUUUAAUUUCUAAUUGUAUAUAACAUUUCGAAUCUCAA